AUGGCCCUUGGAAGGCCGGGCGGACACAACGGAGGCGGUGGAGGUGGUGGUGGAUACGGGGGCGGCCACGGGGGUGGCGGCGGCGGUGGAGGAUUUGGAGGUGGCCUCCAAUUAGACAGUUAUGCCGCACCCAUUUCCGGCGGAAGUGCGAGCGGAGGCGGAUACAGCGCCCCCAGCGGCGGGGGCGGUGGUUUCCCUUCCGGUCCUUCCCCCCAGUACGGACCCCCGCAGGAAGCCCCCGUCGUCCAUAAACACGUCUACGUCCACGUCCCGCCUCCAGAGCCUGUGUACGAAGCCCCAAGAAGGCCACAGCCUCCACCACCUCCACCACAGAAGCACUACAAGAUCGUCUUCAUCAAGGCCCCAACUCCGCCACCACCAACCGUACCCGACAUCCCAGCCCUUCCGCCACCAGCUGAGCAGAAGACUUUGAUCUACGUGCUCGUCAAGAAACCCGAUGAAGCGCCAGAGAUCACUAUCCCAACACCGGCACCCACACAGCCAAGCAAGCCUGAAGUAUACUUCAUCAGAUACAAGACUCAGAAACAGGAAGGCUACGCUCCCUCUGGAGUCCCCCAGAGCGAGUACGGGGCCCCUGCCUCAGGGGGCGGUGGUGGUUCUGCCCCGGGUGACAGCUACGGGGCCCCCGCCCCUUCGGCACCCUCGUCCCAAUACGGUCCUCCCUCUGGCGGCGGCGGAGCUUACUGAACACCAACGGCCAUCGAUCAAUCAACACUUCUUCGUACCUUAUAAAUAAUUGUACAGAUUUUUAUACAUAAUUAUUUUUAUAUAACUCUUUAUUAAGUUUUUUUAUAAUAAAACAUUUU